GCGCUGCCGCUGAAGGGUCCCUCGCGCCGCCGCUCGACAUGGAGCCCAAAGCGACCGGCCUGGCGUUCGGCUGCCAGCGGAGCUCCACGUCCGACGACGACUCCGGCUGCGCCUUGGAGGAGUACACCUGGGUGCCGCCGGGCCUGAGGCCGGAGCAGGUACAGCUCUAUUUUGCCUGCCUGCCGGAGGACAAGGUCCCGUACAUUAACAGCCCCGGCGAGAAACACCGGAUUAAACAGCUGCUCUAUCAGCUGCCGCCGCACGAUAAUGAGGUGAGAUACUGCCAGGCUUUAAGUGAAGAAGAGAAGAAGGAGCUGCAGAUGUUCAGUUCUCAGCGCAAAAAGGAGGCCCUUGGCAGAGGCACUAUCAAAGUGCUCUCCAGGGCUGUGAUGCACGCGGUCUGCGAACAGUGCGGCACCAAAGUGAACGGCGGCGAAGUCGCCGUCUUCGCCUCGAGAGCUGGGCCCGGCGUGUGCUGGCACCCCUCGUGCUUCGUGUGCUUCACCUGCAACGAGCUGCUCGUCGACCUCAUCUACUUCUACCAGGAUGGAAAAAUUCACUGCGGCAGACACCACGCUGAACUUCUUAAGCCUCGGUGCUCAGCCUGCGAUGAGAUCAUUUUUGCUGAUGAAUGCACGGAAGCCGAGGGCCGCCACUGGCACAUGAAGCACUUCUGCUGCCUGGAGUGUGAGACCAUCCUGGGCGGGCAGCGCUACAUCAUGAAGGACGGCAGGCCCUUCUGCUGCAACUGCUUUGAAUCUCUCUACGCAGAAUACUGCGAGACCUGUGGGGAACACAUUGGGGUUGACCACGCUCAGAUGACCUACGACGGGCAGCACUGGCACGCCACGGAGACCUGCUUUUCCUGCGCUCAGUGCAAGACCUCUCUGCUCGGCUGCCCCUUCCUCCCAAAGCAAGGGCAGAUCUACUGCUCAAAAACCUGCAGCUUGGGUGAAGACGUUCACGCCUCCGACUCGUCCGAUUCUGCCUUCCAGUCCGCGCGAUCCAGAGACUCCAGGAGGAGCGUCCGGAUGGGCAAGAGCAGCCGCUCGGCCGACCAGUGCCGCCAGUCGCUGCUCUUGUCGCCUGCCCUCAAUUACAAGUUCCCCGGCCUCUCGAGCGACGCGGAGGACACCCUGUCCCGCAAGCUGGAUCACCUGAGCCUUUCGAGGCAGGGGGCCGGCUUCACUAGCGAAGACUUCUGGAAAGGAAAGGGAGAGCAGGAAAUGCCUGAAGACCCCGAAGAAUGGGCUGAACACGAAGACUACAUGACCCAGCUGCUCCUGAAGUUCGGUGACAAAAGCCUCUUCCAGCAGCCUGCCGAAGGGGACGCGCCGUCGGGCGAGCACUGGGUUUCCGACAGCAUGGUCAAGAGCAAGCUGGACCUGAAACAAAAUAACCCCAGCCUAGCAAGUAAAAAGUACCAGGCAGACAUGUACUGGGCGCAGUCGCAGGACGGCCUGGGCGACUCUGCCUACGGCAGCCACCCGGGCCCCGCCAGCAGCAGGAAGAUGCAGGAGCUGGACCUGGAGGCCGGGGCCGCCGGCUACGCGCACGGCCGCGCCGCCUGGUACGGAGGCUCCCUCGAGUGCCUCGCUGACCUGAAGCAGCAAGAGCAGAGCGUCCGGGACUCCAUGGACUCCUUGGCUUUGUCCAACAUCACAGGCGCCUCGCUGGACGGCGAGGGCAAGGCCCGGCCGUCGCUCUACUCCCUGCAGACCUUCCAGGAGCUGGAGGGGGAGGACUGCGAGAAGAUGAGCAACAUGGGCACGCUGAACUCCUCCAUGCUGCACCGCAGCACCGAGUCCCUGAAGAGCCUCAGCUCCGAGCUGGGCCACGAGAAGGCGCUGCCGGAGGAGAAGCCGGCGCAGCUGCCCGUGCUCAGGAGGUCCAAGUCCCAGUCACGGCCGCAGCAGGUGAAGUUCUCAGAUGACGUUAUCGAUAACGGCAGUUACGAGAACGUGGAGAUCAGGCAGCCGCCCAUGAGCGAGAGGACUCGGAGGCGGGUCUAUCACUUCGAGGAGCGGGGCAGUCGGCCUCAUCAUCAUCGCAGAAGGAGCAGGAAGUCUCGCUCCGACAACGCGCUCAACUUGGCUGCGGAGAGAAGGUGCUCUCCCAAGGAGAGGUUUCGCUUCUACUCUCCCCAGGAUCACGAGAAAUUCCUGCAAAACAGGAGCUCCCGGGAGCUCCGGGCGUACGUGCGGAGCGGGGAGCUCUACGGGCAGUACGCCCACACCGCCUCCGACUACGCGCUGCGCAGCCGCAUGGCCGACCGGUUUUAUGGACUGUACGGCGACGAGGACGACUCGUGGUGCUCGACUUCAUCCUCGUCAUCCGAUUCCGAAGAGGAAGGGUAUUUCCUCGGACAGCCCAUUCCGCAGCCGCGCUCGCUGAGAUAUCCAUACUACACAGAUGACCUUUCUAGUCCAACUGGUGCGUUAUCUAGUUCUCAGUUUGGACAAAGGACAACCAAAGCAAAGAAGAAGAGGGGACACAAAGGGAAAAACUGCAUAAUUUCUUAAUUGGUUUUAACAGUCGGGAAGGUCAGUCAGUGCUGCCGCUACAGCUUGAGCAGUCCGAACCACGUCUUUUUAUAUUAAUAAUUGUACUUAGGCAAGUUGCUAAGGUUCCUAAUGCUUUGCCAGUGUAAAUUAUAACCCCACCAGAGUUUACAUUGUAAAGCUAUCAUUAAGAAGUGUCCCUGCGCCGGAUGAUGUGCUCGGACACGGCCGGGUCCCCGGUGUCGUGGUCGGGCUGUGGGAGCAGCCCUGGCCCAGGCGCUCCCCGCGCCCGCUGCUCGCCUGGUGGGGCAGGAGGUGUCCAGCAAAGACCAGGAGACACCGCGUCCCUCCCGCCUGGCGCUCUGCCCACCCUGCAGUCCUGGCUUCGCCAGGUCCCUCUUCCAUGUCCCUCUUCCUCCUCACGGUUUCUCCACAGAAACUGGAACUUGGAUUGGGAAAAUCCCAAGCAGUCCUCCCCUAAGGAGGCGGCAGUCAACCAUGGGCCUUGAAGCGCUCGGGGCCCUCCCAGGUCCCAAGGCAGCAGGAAGGGACUUGGCGCCGUCCUGGUUUUGCCUCCGCGUUAGGAGCUGGAGCGCUGGGUAAGGCAGGCGGGUGCCCAAGGGAGGCGCUCCCUGAGCCCGGACCAGGCUGCGUGUGAAGGGUCUGAGCCCAGCAGUGGGAGCGCCCGAGCAGCGGGGCCUCCUGCGUCCCCCCUCCUCCUCCUCCUGCUCCUCCUGCUCCUGCUCCCGGUGCCGGUGUCGGCAGGGCCGGAGGGAGCCGAGCGCGGCCGCCCCGCGGGCUGCUCCGUGAAGCCGCUCGUGCAGCGCACGUUUCCCAAGGGACCUGAAGCCGGGCGCUCCGCUCCCGCCCUCGGAAUCGCCUUAUCCACCUUCCAGACUCUGUCAGCUGCGAUCCUGAGUGGAGAACAGCGGUAUUUAUAAUGUAGUAUUUGAUAGGCUAAAGUGUAUUCAUAAUUUAACGUGUACAUACUGUACAGGUAAAAUUUUAAAAGCCGAGUAUUUUUAUAUCCCUGAGUUUGAAGAGCGGUUUGCUACGCGAGCGAGCUGGAUUGGUCAGGGGUUUGACAGCAGCAGUUCGGAUGAAAUAAAUAUCACUUGUAUUUUAGUCAGGGCUUUUAAGUAUAAAAAUGUUUUUAAAUGUUUAGUGUAAAGCAUCUUAAUUUUGUCUCCUAGCUAUUGAGAGCUCUGUAUGCAUGUGGGGCUUUGUAAAUACUCUCUAAAC